UUCCUUGCUGUUAUUGUAGAAUAAAAACGACAGUAACAUAGAUAAUAGAUACACAAAGGGUAAUUAAAGUUGUGGCAAGUUGUAACAAUGUAGCAAGUGGCUAUUAUCAGCUUAUGUAGCAAAUACCUUGUUUGAUAUUCGAUUUCACAAAACUAUUUAGUAUCACCUUGACCUAUGUGUUCAUACUACGUAAAAGUUAAUCUUUUAUUAUGUUAUGCUUUUAAGAAAAGCAAGUCUGCAAAUUUCAAGUUUUGUCAGUAAAAAUUGUACAAUAAUGUCAGUAGAAACUGCGAAAAAAAUUGCUGCCUACAAAGCUGUGGAUACUUAUGUUAAAAAUAGACAUGUAAUUGGAAUAGGUAGUGGUUCGACUGUUGUUUAUGCUGUUGAGAGAUUAGCUGAAAGGGUGCAGAAUGAAAAUUUGAACAUUAUUUGUAUCCCUACUUCGUUCCAAGCUAAACAAUUAAUUGUAGCAAACAAAUCUCGUUUUCAGGUAGAAAAUGAAAUGCAUUUGAGUGAUUUAGAAAACCAUCCUGAAAUCGAUGUUUGCAUUGAUGGAGCAGAUGAAGUGGACUGUCAUCUUAAUUUAAUUAAAGGAGGCGGAGGUUGUCUCUUACAAGAGAAAAUAAUCGCUAGUUGCUCCAAGCAAUUUAUCGUCAUAGCAGACUACAGAAAAAAUUCAAGUUAUUUAGGUGAACAGUAUAAGAAUGGGAUACCGAUUGAAGUUAUACCUAUGGCUUUUGUUCCUAUUAAAAAUAGGAUUGAAAAAAGAUUUGGAGGAAAACUAGAACUUCGAAUGGCUAUUGCUAAAGCUGGCCCAGUGGUUACCGAUAAUGGAAACUUCAUACUUGAUUGGAUAAAUUUUAAGCAUAAUCUUAAAUGGGAGGAUAUAAAUAGAGAAAUUAAAAUGAUACCAGGAGUGGUUGAGACUGGGCUCUUUAUUAAAAUGGCAACAAAAGCUUAUUUUGGUAUGCAAGACGGAAGCGUGAAAGAGCAGGAUCCUACACUUAAUAAUUCAAAUUAAAAAACAACACACAUUUUAUUUUGUCAGACUGAUAUUUAGCUUAAGAUUUUUAAGUUCCUUUUUGUGUUUAUCUAAGUGUAGGUAUAUGUAUAACCAAAUGCUAAUGUACAAAAUAUGUACUUAAAGACUUUUUAAAUUAAUGUAAUUUUCUACGUUUCUUUUUUAAUGUCAAUUUUAAAUCAUAAGGGGUUUCAAUAUUCAUUUUUAACUUAUACAAAUUGUUUGAUCAAUUUGAAAUUGGUAUGUUAUGGUUUGUUCAAUUUUAACUAUGAUAAGUUUGUUUUUACUCAAAUAAGACGUUUUAGUUUGUUAAAUUAAGCAUAUUUGUUAGCGAAUAACAUCUGAAUUGUAACGAAUUAAACUACAUGGAUAAAUAAAUACAUUUGAAAUACAA